AUGUUGUGGAAUUGCCAAUUACACGCGCAGAUUAUUUUAACAAUUAAUCAAUCGUUUUAUGAAGGCCGAAGAGUUGUAAAAGGCGUGGAUCAGUUUAAAUUAAAAUUUCACAGGAAAGCCACAUCGGCAAAAGACUUGACCUUAUCUUCAGCGACAGUGUCGCUGACCACGGCGGGAUGA